AUGCAAGCAGCCAACUUCAAUGACAUCCAGUUCACCUUGAAUGAGGACCUGAAUAUCAUGAAGGAAACUCACUUCCUUCUUUGGGCUCACUGGAACAUCACUUUCCAUGACACAGGGGAUCAGGGCAUUGGUAGUAGCACUGGGGGACUGCUCAGUGCAUUCAGCAUAGCGCCUGCUCUCACAGUCCUCCUCCUGGGUUGCUGGCUGGCUCUUCAGAGCAGGGCAUGGGGAGAGUACCCCAAGCCCCGCAUCUCUGUGAUCCCCAGCUGGGUGGUGGCACUUGGGGGGAAUAUCACUAUCCACUGUGAGGGUUUGUACCCAGGCAUGAAGUUCUAUCUGUACAAAACUGGACACACAGACCAGCUGCAGCAGGAGGUGCCUGGGGGGAACGUGUCUGAAUUUCCCAUCACCAAGGUGAGCUGGGAAGAUGGAGGAAGCUACACCUGCAACUAUCACCCCAUAGUGGAUAGGAACAGCUGGUCGUAUCUCAGUGACCCUGUGGAGCUGGUGGUGAGAGAUUCCCUGUUAACCAAACCCUCCAUCUCCACGAGCUCAAGAGGGGUGAUCCCCCUUAGGGGAUGUGUCACCAUCCAGUGUGAGUGUCAGUAUGUGCAGUUCUAUCUGUAUAAAGACAGAAGUGAAAUCUUAGACCUGUCAUCUCAUGUUGAUGGGUGGAAUUUUACCAUCCACCAUGCCAGGUUCCUGUCCAACUGA